AGAGGAUCACUCUCUGACAACAGCAAUGGCUUCACUCAAGACUUUGAUCGUUUUCUGCGUCGCUCUCUUCGCCGUGGUCUUUGCCGCUGAAGAAGCUCGUGACAAGAGGGGACUUUCCUAUGGUGGUUACGGAUAUGGCGCUCUGCCUUACUCUGGCUACUCCGGCUACCCAUACGGACUGGGAUACGGACAUGGUUACAGUGGAUAUGCCGGAUAUGGUGGAUAUGGUGCCUACCCAUACAGUCAUGGCGGAUAUGGUGGAUACGCCGGUUACCCAUACGCAGGCGUCAGCUACGUUCACCACUAAACCAUAACUCUCCAAUAAACCUCGAAUACAAUUCAAAAUCUAUAUUCAUCUUUACCCCCCCAU